AUGUCGACUGGUCAUGCCUAUGACCCCAACAAAUCCCCAGACUCUACUCCACAGUCCGCUCCGAUGAGCGAGACCGCACAGCCGGGCUCGUCGCCUGUCAGCGCCGCUACGAAUCCAAUUGUGUCAAAUAACACAGCCGCCAUGGACAAAUCACAGAGCGGCAACAACAAGAUCAAAAAGCGUAGCUGGGAUUAUGUGAUGAGGAGUGGGAUUGCCGGAGGGCUGGCGGGGUGUGCGGCCAAGACCGUGGUCGCGCCCCUCGACCGCGUGAAGAUCCUCUUCCAGGCUUCAAACCCUCAAUUCGCCAAAUACACAGGCAGCUGGACUGGCCUGGCAGCAGCGAUUCGAGAUAUCAAGCGCACUGAGGGUUUCCAGGGCUUAUAUAAAGGCCACUCCGUGACCCUCCUUCGAAUUUUCCCAUAUGCCGCCAUAAAGUUCCUUGCAUACGAGCAGAUCCGUGCAGUUAUCAUUCCUUCCAGCGAAUACGAGACCCCGUUCCGCCGCUUAGUCUCCGGUAGUUUAGCCGGUGUCACCUCUGUAUGUUUCACAUAUCCAUUAGAGCUGAUGCGCGUGCGAAUGGCGUUUGAAACCCGCCAAUCGCACCGCUCAGGCUUGGUGGACAUCUGGCGGCAAAUCUACCACGAGCGUGUUCAACCCCCAUCAACCCAUUCUGCUGCGGCAGCUGAGUCUUCUUCCGUUGCUGUUGCCGAAAGCGCUUCAUCUGCCGUUUCGAAAGUUGUCCCACGCACCGGAAUUACCAAUUUCUACCGCGGCUUCGCCCCUACUAUCCUCGGCAUGCUCCCGUACGCCGGAAUGUCUUUCCUCACCCAUGACACAGUGGGAGACUUGUUCCGUCACCCAAGUGUGGCACGCUACACCCUCAGACGAGUAACAGAGUUAGAAAACCCCGCGGAUCGACCCAAACGACCGCAGCUCAAUACCACGUCUGAACUUCUGUCCGGUGCUGUGGCCGGUCUAGUUUCGCAGACUUCGUCAUACCCAGUUGAGGUCCUCCGUCGGCGGAUGCAGGUCGGUGGUGCAGUCGGUGACGGACGCCGACUCGGAAUCGCUGAAACGGCCCGCACAAUCUGGUUUGAGAAAGGGUUUAGAGGUUUCUGGGUUGGCCUGACUAUUGGAUACGUCAAGGUCGUUCCUAUGGUUGCAGUAAGCUUCUACGUUUAUGAGCGAGCCAAAGGAUCACUGGGCAUUAUUUAG